AUGUUAAGUUCAUUAAAGAAGUGGGUACAGGAUGUGACGGUUGAUCUCGCUCCUCCUCCUCCUCCUUCUUCUUCUUCUUCAUCACUGCCACCACGAUCAUCGCCAUCCGCUACUUCAUUUAAAUCAUCGUCCUCAAUUCCGGAAUCAACACAUCAUUACUUUUAUUCAACAUCGCCUUAUAAUGAACAACCUGAUUCAAGAUACUCAACAUCAUCUGUUGUAUAUAUAUCCAAGCCUGUCUCCUUGGAUAGUAUGCAAAGUUCCCGAAAUAGUACGAUUUUGAUUCCGCAGCCAUUAGUGUCACCAGUUGAUGUCGAUUUAAGUCACUUGAAUCGUGAAGAGCAGGAACAUAUCGCCAAUGUUCUACGACGUGCGCGAGCUGUCGAAGAACAACAAUCACCUCCAUUAUUGCCUGUGAAGAGUUUUCCAACUGCGAUAUCGCCAGCAGCAUCCAGAUCACCCUCAUUGUCACCCUCGUCAUCUUCGUCAACUUCAACCAAUAGUUUCAUUCGUGACAACGUAGAGAGAUAUGAUAAUGAAAUAAAAAGUGAAGUCGAAAACUCGUCAAUAUUAACAAGUAAUCGUCCAUGUCAAAUAUGCGGUAAAAUACAGAAAGAAACAUCACCGAUUUGCUUUCAAUGUCAAGAGAACGAACCGAUCGAUUCCAAAGAAGAAAAUCGCACGACAAUAUUAGCAGACGAACAAUUAACAUCGAUGAAAAUUUCCCUUUCACCCGUAUCGAUUCCCACUGAAGAUGAUAAUGAAGUCGAUGAUUCUCCGAUGGAAUUAGACGAGGAAAAUGUUGAACAUGUCAAUGUCAAUGAAGGAAAUCAACCAAUUAUCUCGGAAUCCAAUCGAAAAUCCAAUCUAACAGAAAUUGAUGAAAAUGACUUCUUUUACGAAGAACCAAGUCCGUAUGUUUCAGCCAUAAUCUCAACCAAACUUGAAGAACCGAGUAUCAUUCCAAGCUAUCAAAUUGAUGAAUGUAUCGACGAAGAUGAUCAUGAGGACGAAUUCGAUCAUGUCAAGGAAUUGGAAAAGACAAUCGAAAAUCUUUCACGACAUUUGCCAAGUCCCAUCAAUCGAUCAUCAUCAACAUCAUCUUCGAGCAAAAUUGAGACAAAUGCUAUUCUUGAAAUGGAAAUUGAAUCACCACCCAUGGAAGAAGAAGACGAAGGGCAAGAACAAGAACAAGUUGAAUAUUCUUCUCAUCCCACGGCACAUCCGCUUAGUUUAUCUAUUUCUGGCCCUAUUCCAAUUAGCCAUCGACGAGGCAGCCUUAGUCGUUCAUCGGGUGUUCGAGAGAAUCUAACAGAUCUGCUCGUUUCAGCCACAUCAGCUCUUCAUCAAACGAGAGAUGAAAUCCGAUUAACACACCGUAAGCGUAUGCUAUCGGCAAAUCGACAUAAACGUAAUUUACCAUUUCCACCCAACUUUACUCCUCGAAGUCAAUUACAACUUCGCCGUGCUAAUUCCGAAUCUCGUUUUACUCUACCAGCUGUGCCUUCACCAACGAUAAUUUCUCCAUUGAACGCGGAUGAGGAAUGUGAUCUAUUAGAAAUUGAUCUCAGUCAUCCGAACGCUUCUGCCAGUAAAACACUGCCUGCGAAAGUUGAACAUGAACUUCAAACGAACACUCAGUGUCGAAGUAGUUCAAGCGAGAACUUCAUAUCUAAAGGUAAACAGUUACGAGAUCAAACAACGAAUACCCCUCCGAUGGAGCCCAUCAAUGCGUCAAUAAAAGCAAAGAAGAAAUCGAAAAAGAAGGAAGUACCGGCACCGUCCUCAACAAAUUCAAUCAAAACAUCAGCACCUUCUCCAGUGAUUCCGCCGACGAAAAAACUUCAAAAAAGUACGAGUACUGAAAUUACGUAUCCGUUUCCAACAACGAAACUAAUCUUGAAUCCAUCUCGACAUGGUAUUACAUCAGAUCUAGGUUUUCGAAUAACCGGUGGCCAUUCCAUUCCUCAUUGUAUGGAAGUCACCGCUUGUAUCGAGAACAUCGAUACACAUCAUCGGAAUUAUGAGAUUUUGAAGAACAUUGUUCAAGAAGGCGACGAAGUACUCGAGCUCGGUGGUGUAUCAUUACGUGGCAAAAGUGCCUUAUUUGUUGAAAAUCUAAUGAAUACAAUUCAAAAUGAAUUCGAAAUUAUUGUUCGUAGUAAUACCCAUUCUGCCAUAACAACUGAUACGAAUCUUCAACGAAGACAUUCCAUGGAAGUGUUAAAACUAGCGUCAACAAAUCAUUCGGUGACUAAAUCAAAAUCCACGUCAAUUUAUUCUCUACAAAAAAAAGCAGCAGCAGCAGCAACCAUUCCCGAAGGUUCCGAAGAAGAUCCGAAACCUUCAUCACCAUCAAAAACAUUGUUCGCGAAAGACGAAUCAAAUCAAUUAGUUCCACAUCGGCCACGUUCGAGUCUAUUACCGAAUGAUCCCGGCUUAAACGGUGCCGGUAGUAAUCACAGCAUCGAACGGCAAAAUUCCAAUGAAUCGGAUGAAAGUGACAGUUUAUCACAGUACUUUCAAACGUCGCAAAGUCAGACAAGUAGUUUGAAUACUACGUCGACGUCGCAUGGACGAAGUCAGAGCGUUAUACCCAUCGCUAGCGAGGCGAUGAGUAUAUCGCGAAAUUCACAAAAUCUAUUCAAAUCUGAUAACAAACGAAUCUCACGAGGUUCGAGUAGUAUGGAUAGAAAAGCAUCAUUGGCAUUGGGUACACUGAAUUUCCUGAAGAAGAAAACGAAAUCUGUCGAUUUCUCUCAUCAACGACAUACAAUCAUCAAUCAGUUACAUGAAAAUGACUAUGUGGGAGACAUUGAAAUACAAAUCGGACAUAACAGUGAACGUGAACAAUUAGUUGUGCGAAUUCUUCAAGCGAAAAACUUGAUACCCAAAGAUACGAAUGGAUUUUCAGAUCCAUUUGUUAAAGUUUAUCUCCUACCCGGAAGAGACCAAGAAAACAAACGUCGAAUCAAACAUGUAUCCAAAACGCUAAAUCCGGUGUGGAAUCAUACAGUCAUCUACGGACACAUCCAUCGAGAAGAAAUUCAGUAUAAAAAGCUCGAAUUUACUGUAUGGGACUACGAUCGCUUUAAAGCCAACGAUUUUCUCGGUCAAGUUACAAUCGAUUUAAAAAAUCCUAAUGUUAUCGAUGACAAACCGCAUUGGUAUCGUUUAGAAGCGCUGCGCUCACGCGAGGAAACGACAAAUCGUGGUUCGUCACCGGGUCUAUACAAAAUGGUCUCUGUCGAUUCCUCAGUGUCUUCGAUAUCAGCAGGCACAAAAAAUUCUGUUCACCUCCAAUCACGUACAAAUCCAACAGCAAAAUAG